UAUAAAUACUUUGUGUAGAGCCGCGUUCUUGGCAUUCAGAUUAAAGUAGAAGAUGAAAACAUCACUGAUAAUUGGAUUGAGCGCUUGCCUCUUGCUCGGUGCGGCUGUGGAUGCGCAGCAGACUUAUGAUGGCCGCAAUGGACCGCAUGUUUUUGGCAAGCCGGGCGAACAGGUUUAUAUUCGCGGUCAAAAUGAGGGACCUUACACUGUGCCCGGUGUGGGUGGCACUUUCCAGAAUUCAGCCGGCGGCGUUCAUGCCUAUACGGACGAGCGUGGCAACACUUAUGUGCAUAACAAGAAUGGCGGCAAGGGACAGUCUACACAUAGCAUAAGCGGACCCGAUCUAGUGGCUCAUCGCGGCCCACCUAGUGCUGGCGGCAAUCCAAGCACUGGCGACUAUCGUGGUAGUCGUCAAACGCAUAUAUCCCGUGGUGAUGGACGCUCUGUCAGUUAUGGACCUGGUGGUUUCCAUGCCAGUGGAGCUGAUGGACGCACUGUAUCUUAUGCUCGUGGUCGUCGUCAAACCCAUAUUCAGCGUGCUGAUGGACGCUCUGUCAGUUAUGGACCUGGUGGUUUUCAUGCCAGCGGAGCUGAUGGACGCAGUGUAUCUCAUUCUCGUGGUCGUCGCGACACAUACAUAGGCCGCCCUGAUGGACGCUCUGUUAGCCUUGGACAAGGUGGUUUUCAUGCUAGUGGAGCUGAUGGACGCAGUGUAUCAUAUUCUCGUGGUCGUCGUUACGUCGACUUUAGUGAUCCUGAUAGCUACACUCUCACCUAUACACCAAAUGGUAUCCAUGGCCUAAGUAGGACACGCACAAAUCCCAACGCUCAUUCACGCCAGCGUCAUCAAGCUGGAGUUUGGAAUGAUCGAGUUUCAGUUUGGAAACGUCCCGAUGGACGCACAGUAACUGUGGAUGCGGCUGGCAAUGUUAUCACAUCGGGCAGUCCCAAUGGACGCGGUCCACAAUACUAUCGAGGUUAAAAAUAGAACUGAGCGGAGCCUGUAUACUACUUAAAUGAAAUAGAUGUGUAUUAAUUAGGAAAAUGAACCUAAAAAUUUCGAAAAACAAUAAAAUAGUUACAAUAUUUAAA